AUGUCCACGCAACAGGGCCAAGAUGCCAAGUUCUUCCAGCGCGGAAAGAUCGAGGAGUUCCGCGCUGAACUGCAAGCUGCGGAGGCAAAGGACAAGAAAUAUCAGAAACGGAAAACUGUUCUGAAGAAGAUUGUGGCAAAUAUCACAAUGGGCAACGACAUGUCGCCUCUAUUUCACGAUGUUAUUCAGUGCAUUGGAACACCGUUAUUAGAGAUUAAGAAGAUGGUAUACCUCUUCCUUGUCAGCUAUGGGCGCUCGAAACCAGAUCAGAUACACCUCGUCAUACCUAGUUUCUUACAGGACUGCAACGAUCGCAACCCUCUGAUACGAGCACUUGCAAUCCGAACUAUGUCCUACAUUCCAAUACCCGUGGUCACAGAGGCACUCAAUGAUCAACUACGUCACUGUCUCAAGGAUCGUGACCCGUAUGUUCGCAAGACUGCUGCAAUUUGUGUAGCGAAGGUCUACACUGCUGACCCUCGCAAAGCCGAACGUAAAGGCUUCGUCGAACUCCUAAGAGACAUGUUAAUCGAUGACAAUGCAACUGUGGUUUCGAACGCUGUGGCGGCAUUGUCGGAAAUUGGAGAUCGUCAGGACGGUGUUAUAUUCAAGCUCAACUUAACCAUCGCAAAUAGACUCCUCGCGGCAUUAGGCGAGAGCUCUGAAUGGGGUCAAAUCUAUAUUCUUGAUUCUCUGUUACGUUAUGUUCCAGAGGAACACACAGACGCUGAAGGCAUGGCUGAACGCGUAAUAGUGCAAUUACAGCAUGCCAAUUCUGCCGUGGUGCUGACAAGCAUCAAAGUUCUCCUAAAGAUGGGUCCUCCCCUUGUUACAUUACUUUCCUCUGGUCCCGAGGUCCAAUACGUUGCCCUUCGAAAUAUCUUGUUGAUCAUUCAACGACGACCUGCCGUUCUCAAAAACGAUCUUGCCAAGCUUGAGAUAAUGUACCGCCUAGCUCGGGAAGAAAAUGCCCGAGAAGUUCUAGCUGAGUUAGAAGAGUAUGCUUCAGAGGUGGACGUUGAUUUCGUCCGAAAGGCCGUCCGGUCAAUAGUGGAACCUGCUGCAGACAAGUGCAUAGAAUCAUUGCUCAAGCUCAUCGAAACGAAGGUGACUUAUGUCGUCCAAGAAGCAGUAAUCGUCACAAAGGAUAUUUUCCGGAGGUAUCCUGGGAAGUAUGAAGGGAUCAUUCCCAGUCUUUGUGAGAACCUUGAUGCAUUGGAUGAGCCCGAGGCGAAAGCUGCUAUGGUGUGGAUAUUGGGGCAAUUCGCAGACAAAAUAGAUAACGCUGAUGACCUUCUGGAUGACCUUGUGUACAGCUUUCUGGAUGAGCCAGCCGAGGUGCAACUCGCACUUCUCACAGCUGUCGUAAAGCUUUUCAUUUAUAAGUCACAAUCCGAGAUGACGAAGGCGCUUGUUCACAAAGUAUUAAAGUGGGCAACGGAAGAUAUUGAUAACCCUGACUUGCGAGAUCGUGGUUUCAUGUACUGGCGAAUGCUCGCGAUGAAUCCGGCGGUGGCUGCAGAGAUUGUGCUGGCAGAAAAGCCUGCGAUCACGACUGAUUCGGAUCGCAUGGAUCGCGGCGCUCUUGACCAACUCUUACUACAUACUGGGACACUCGGAAGCAUAUAUCAUAAGAAUCCAGAGACAUUCAUUCGAAAUGCAGCGGGUAGAGCACUGGUUGACAGCCCCGCGUUGAACGCAAACUCCAGAGCGGUGCUCGUUACCCUAGCGCGACCGCAGCUUCCGUCAAUGGCCAUUAGUGUGUCGGGUCCUGGUCCCGUGGAACCUUCGCGACCAUCACAGCCCGACGACGCAGCAAACAAACUACAUCUACCAACUAUCGUGGAACCUUCACGGAGUGAUGAACGAGAUUUGCUAGAUGUCGAUGGUGAUGACGGCGCGGGUGGCGACAGCGGAGAUGGGUACCUGGACGUUGAUGAUGGUGCCCCAGUCACCAAAGCCGCAGAUCCAUAUGCUGACUUGAGUGGCGCAUUCGGUGGGUACAUGACGGAUGUGCCACAACCUGUGGGAGGCGGGGGGAGUCGUGGCGGCGAUCUGGACGAUUUACUAUUCUGA